AUGGACGCGGAAGGACGUGAACGAGUUGUAGCCCAGGCUACAGGAGUGAUGGGAUAUGUGUGCACAGCUCGUCCUAAGCUGGAGCAACAUGAAUUGGCAACAAUAUGCCGUCCGGACAGAGGAGAAGGCUGGACCACCGAGCAAGAGGAGUGGGCAGCACACGACGUGGGCGUGUGCGAGGAUGUUAGGCUUUUCCAGCUUGCGCUGGAGCAAAUGUCCAAGAGCCACCUUGAGAAGCUUGUCAAGGUCUCAAAGAUUCGGGCUCGUUUAUUGCAAGCGGAAGACUGGGGUUCCACUGGCCCACGACCUUCUGGGGCCCAGCAUCCAUCCCUGAUCCUACAACUCUUCCUCGACAAGCUAUACAUGGUGCUUUUGCACCCAAUCUUUGCCCAGAGGCUGACACUUGACUUCUUGGUAUUUGUCCUUCAAUUCACGUCAAUCUGCCGCACCCGGGACCCGCGGCGCUGGCAGGUGCCCGAGCUGGAGAAGCUUCGUGGCGAUGCCCACAUUCAGGCGAUGCGUGAACACUUGAAAUCCGCUCAAGUCAAUGGAAAGGGCGAGCUCGCAUACCAUCCGUCCCGUGUGCUGCGGGAGGUAUGCGCCGGGGCACCUGAUUCAAUCUCUGCAGAGGCCAGCCUGCUCUUGCGUAUAAUUGGCGUUGCACUCCAAGGUAAGGCUACAGGCGAGCUGGCAGCUGUCGAUGAACACGGCACGAUGCAGUACAGCGUUUACCUGGCCGAUAUUGAAAAUGUCUGCACGGCACUCUCCCUUGUUAACCCUCCUCAAGUCACUGUCAAGGAAGCGGUCACUAUCUGGCAGCAGAUACACCCGGGGGGCAGCCACACAGGCUACCCCUCUGUUGCGACCAUUAUCAACGAUAUCACAGACUCAUACAAGCACCAGAAAACUCGACAACGUCUCAAGAGUCACUUUAGCACCAACAAGAUGCCCCUGGAUGUUGGCACCGGAGUUUCGUUAUUGGCACCGAAUAAAAGCACCAGUUCGGACAUAGACAGCCGGCCGUGUAGCAAUGUACCGUCACUACCUGCAAUGACCCAUGCCUCCAGUGGCGUGUCGGCCGAUACAUCUGAUUUUGCACCGAUCGCUUUAUCCGAUGCCAACAACUCUCUGCCAGACAUCGCGCCGCCUGAGCUCACCGAUUAA